AUGGCUUCCGCUGCGAUCUUCGGAGUAUCCCAUCCAAAUAAUCACACCAGAGACAAAUCCUACUGGGACCACCCGAAAGAGCCAUCGUCGUCAUCCCUCUUCAAACAGGUCAUGCGCUCCCAAGCCGCCGCAGCCCACCACAAGUCCUCAUCGCAAAGCCCACCCCGCCAGCCCAAAGAAAAUGCACGCCAACACGAUGCGCCCAACGGGCUCAGCGUCGGCGACCCGGGGCUCAUUCCGCCGCCAUCAGCUCCCCCAUUGCUGGUGAACGCCCUCAAGGGCAUCAAUGGUGUACCAGACCCUCUGGUGACGCUCCGCGAGAAGCCCCGCGAACAUUCCUUUGACUCACCAUACGCGCGCUCCGCCAACUCGACCGCGCCGGGGUCGCCACGAAUUCCACCUGUGCGCCAAAAUUCCGGGAGCCAGACACCACGGGUGCGGCCCCACGCCACCACCCUGAGCAUUCCGGGAAUGACAAGGUCGAGAGUGUCGCCCGAUGGCAAAAUCGCAGAGAGGGACGUUGCUGCCAAACUCGUGAUAAUUAUGGUCGGGCUGCCCGCGCGGGGGAAAUCAUACAUCACCAAGAAGAUCCAGCGUUACUUGUCAUGGCAGCAGCACAAUACGAAGAUCUUCAACGUCGGAAACAGAAGGCGGAUCGCUGCCGGUCAGAAGCCUCCAAAGGCCCCGACCGCUUCUGACGACACCAAGAGCGUCGAUGGCCGACUGCAGGCUGCCACUAUCUUGCUGAACGGCGUCACUCAAUCCUCCUCGGACGAGCCAACAGCCCUAGACCUGAACGAUUCAAAUGACGAGAAAACGGUACACCUAAACAAUGACCCCACCAACGGCAACCUCAGCGAAGGCCAUGAUGUUAACAACUUUGACCAGUCUGCCAAGUUCUUUGACCCUACAAAUGCAACAGCUGCCCAGCUCCGUGAGAAAGUGGCCAUGGAUACCCUGGACGAACUACUCGACUAUCUCGUCAACAGCUCUGGUGCCGUUGGAAUCCUGGAUGCGACAAACAGCACAAUAGCAAGGAGGGAGGUUCUCGUCAAGAAGAUACGACAGCGGGAGCCAAAACUGGGCAUCCUCUUCAUUGAGAGCAUUUGCCAGGACAAGAACCUCCUGGAAGCCAACAUGCGCCUCAAGCUUUCCGGGCCUGACUACAAAGACAAGGACCCAGCCAAGUCACUGGAGGACUUCAAGGCUAGGGUACAGGCGUACGAGAGCGCAUACGUACCGCUUGGCCAGUACGAGGAGGAGCGGGACCUCCAGUACAUCCAGAUGAUAGACGUGGGCCGCAAGGUGAUCCAUCACAGGCUGAAGGGCUUCCUGAGCGGGACCAUCGCCUCGUACCUGACGACGUUCAACCUGGCACCCAGGCAGAUCUGGAUUACCCGACACGGCCAGAGCGAGGACAACAAACUACAAAAGAUAGGCGGCAACUCUCACCUGACCGACCGUGGCCAGUGUUACGGAGCAGCACUUUACAACUUCAUGACCAAGAAACGCCAGGAAUGGCUCAUAGACCAGAAGGACAGACUUGCUCAGUCUUCAUUCCCCCCAAAGGCUGGAGACGACACUCCUCCGUACCCCGAAAUGUACCACGAGCUUCAGCAGAAGAACUUCUGCGUCUGGACAUCCAUGCUGCACCGGACUAUCGAGACAGCAGCGUACUUCGACAAUGAUGACGACUACGAUGUUAAGAAUUGGGAGAUGCUGAAUGAACUCAAUGCGGGGACAUUCGAAGGCAUGACCUACGAUGAGAUUGCUGUCAAGUAUCCAAACGAAUACCAGAAGCGUACCGCUGACAAGCUCAACUACAUCUAUCCCGGCGUCGGCGGGGAGGGGUACCUCGCGGUCAUCUCGCGGCUGCGCGACAUGGUCCGGGAGAUUGAGCGGGUUACGGACCACGUCCUGGUUAUCAGCCACCGGUCGGUCUGCCGUGUGCUGAUGGCAUACUUCAUGGAUCUCUCGCGGGACGGCAUCGCCGACCUCGACGUGCCACUCGGUAUGCUCUUCUGCAUCGAACCGAAGCCAUACGGGUAUGAAUUCCACGCGUACAAGUACAACGAGCCAGCAGGAUGGUUCGACGAGCUGCCAGAUUAUAAACCACAAAAGGCGACUGAUAGAAACAACUGA